AUGCUUUAUAGAUCCUACAUUUUAAGGUUUUUCUCUGUUCUCAAUACAUCUCCAACUCAAAACAUUCAUCGUUCUUAUCUUAGUACUCUUAGUAGUCAAGAUGGUCAGUAUUCAGAAACUUAUACUACAAAACAACCACAUUAUGUGGAAGCAGUCCACGAAAAAACCGUGUCUUCAUUCCCAAAGUCUCAUAUGAUGAUAUCUACAGUACAAGGUGCUUUUUUGAAACUUCUUGUACAAGUGAGUAAAGUUACAAAAGUGCUAGAGCUUGGAACUUUUACUGGUUAUUCUGCACUGUGCAUGGCCGAAGGUUUAAAAGAGCGAGGGCCAGAAGCAAAAAUAGUCACAUUGGAAAAGAACCCAAUACAUUUUAAGGCGGCAAAAGAGAAUAUAGAAUCUUCUGGACUUGGGCAUCUAAUUGAAUUAAAACAUGGCGAUGCGACUGACUUACUUUUAAAUAUAGAUAAUUCAGUGCAAUACGAUCUGAUAUUUAUUGAUGCAGAUAAGAGUAAUUAUAUCAACUAUUAUAAUACUAUUCUCGAACGAAAUCUUCUUUCUGAUGAUGGAGUUAUCGUUGCUGAUAAUGUGUUAUUUUAUGGAUACGUAUCACAAGUGGCUAAAAUAAAUGAUACUAGUCAAAUUCCUUCCGCAGCUAAACAUCUACAUUUAUUUAACGAACAUGUCGUUAAUGAUUGGCGAACUACGCAAGUACUUUUACCAUGCUUUGAUGGAUUAAUGCUAAUUCGAAAAAAAUAG